CCUCCGCUGCAUAAUAGUUUUAUAACGAAGCCUCGCUCCCCAGACAGAUAACAUUUACAGUUGUUUCCCCGCUCCUCUGGGUCAAUACCACUUCCCCAAAGAUAACACAUAGUGCACAGAUGUUUGCUCCACACGUGAAUUGGCACGAUUGUCUGUGAUUCAUUUGCAUGAGUUUGCAUGACCCCUCAUUAAAGAAGUCACCAGGUUCACCAUAUCUGUGUUGACUCUGAGCAGAGCAGCAGCUCCGUGUUGUCCGUCUCCGUCUUCUUUCAACAUGAAUCUCACUUCAGACGUGUGCUGCGCCUUCGAGGCGCCCAUCCUGGACCGGGUGUUGCCUCCCAUUCUCAUCCUGGAGUUCAUGUUCGGGCUGAUGGGGAACGUGGUGGCUCUGUGGAUGUUCAUCUUCCACAUGGACGAGUGGAAGCCCAACUCGGUGUACCUGACUCACCUGGCGGUCGCCGACUCCAUCGUGUUGUUCUGCCUCCCUUUCAGGGCCGACUACUACCGCCGAGGGAAGAACUGGCUGUACGGCGACGUCCUGUGCCGCAUCCUGCUCUUCCUUCUCGCAGCAAACCGUGCAGCCGGGAUCUUCUUCCUCACCGCCGUGGCCGUCGACCGAUACUUCAAGAUCGUCCACCCGAGGAACCGGAUCAACAAGAUGGGUCUGGGCUACGCUCUCUGGGUCUCCCUCGGACUCUGGGCUCUGAUUUUUCUCGCCACCGGGUAUCUUCUCGCCAACGAGCACUUCUUCUACAACAGCAACCGCACACAGUGUGAGAGCUUCAACAUCUGCAUGGGCUUCAGUCCCCUCUCCACCUGGCACAACACCUUCUACGUCACACAGUUCUUCCUCCCCACCACCAUCGUGGCUUUCUGCACCUUCAGGAUCACGUGGCAGCUGAGAGUCCGCACCAUGGACAAGAAGGGGAAAAUCAAACGGGCGGUGCAGUUCGUCCUGGCCGUGGCUCUGAUCUUCAUCACCUGCUUCUUUCCCAGCACCAUUUCACGCAUAGCUGUGUGGAUCCUCAAGGCAUGGUACGACGAAUGCAAAUACUUUGAAGAGGCCAACCUGGCGUUCUACACGUCGGUGUGUUUCACGUACUUCAACAGCGUCCUCAACCCGGUGGUGUAUUAUUUCUCCAGCCCGGCCUUCAGCGGGACCUUCGACAGACUUGUGAAUAAACUGCUGAGAAGGAAGGAACCGGAGGAGGAGCAGAAAGAUACGACUGAGCAAGACAUUGCCACUGUUUCAGGUAGAAAUAAUUAACCCUAUAAAGCCUGAACUGUGAAAUAAUUGCCAGAAUAUUCAAAUUUUUCAAAACUGGAGUUUUUGUUGAACCAGCUAACAUUUUUUUUUAUUCAAUAUCAAUUUUCAUAUAUGAAUUUAAUUUGGAUCAUAUUUGAUACAUCAGGUCUUUUUGUGCAAUUUGUUGCUCACAAUUUGCUUUUCUUGAACUCACAUAAUCACAUAAAACCUAAUAUUUUUAACCAAAUAAAACUUUGACUUUCCUUUUAACAUUUUCCUCAAACAUACAAAAUCUUUUUUUCCAUAUAAAACAACAUCAUACAUCUGCUGAUAUGAAGUUUUCACGCAGCAAUCACAGAUCCACCAGUGGAACCAGCAAAUCAUUUUUGUUACAUCUGGUAUUUUUGUGAAAUUUGUUGCUCAGUUUUUUUAAUCGUCAAUUCAUGUAUUCAUCAGGUUUUUCA